AUGCUUGCAUCCACUCUAUUCACCACAACUAUCUCCCUCCGCGCUACCGCUGCCGCUAUCAAAGUCAGUACCCAUGAAGGAAACCUGCUCGCGGGCGCCAGUCUGGGUGGACAAUGGGACUUGAUCGGUCAUUCAGGCGUGUCGGCCAUGCACGCGAUCAUGCGUCCGUUUUCGGAGAAGGUGUUGUUCCUGGAGCGGGUCCAGGAGUCGACCUAUGCAAAAGUAAAGGGGACGAGUGAGAACGGAAACGGAGGGGAUGCGUUUGCAUGGUCGACAGAGUUCUCGACAGGCGAUGGCAAAUGGCGUUCGUUGAAUGUUCAGAGUAAUAUGUUUUGUAGCGCGGGAGGGUAUCUUCCUGACGGGACGGCGGUGUCGGUGGCAGGAGGACAGCCGUCGAACGCGGUUGAACAAGGGUACGAUGGUAUCCGGCUGUACAAGCCCUGCAAUGGGACACAGUGCGACUGGCAGCAGAACUUUGAUGUUCAUCUCCAAGAGAAGCGCUGGUAUCCCACCGUUGAGGCACUUGCAAACGGUGACCUGUUCAUCCUAGGCGGAUCCAACCACGCGGCCUCCAUCAACAACGACCAGAUCAACGUCCCAAACUUCGAACUCUACCCGCCUCUCCCAGGUCCCAAAAAGACUGUCGACUUCCCCUUCCUGACCGAGACCCUCCCCAGCAACCUCUACCCAAUCGUCCACCUUCUCCCCGAUAAAAACCUUUUCAUCCUCGCCUCCACCAAGGCCAUCAUCCUUUCCACCUCUACCUGGAAAAUCAUCAAACAACUCCCAGAUAUCCCGGGUCCUCCACGUAAUUACCCACUCACCGCAGGAUCUGUCUUGCUACCGCUUACUCCAGAAAACGGGUACGAACCGGAAGUACUAGUCUGUGGUGGCGCGACCGAAUUCUCAACCCAGGCCAAGGGCGUAGCCUCCUGUGGCCGGAUCGCCCCCCUCUCCAAGAAUCCUGUCUGGGAGAUGGAGGACAUGCCCUUCGGUCGGAUGAUGCCCGACAUGGCCCACCUGGCCGACGGCUCCAUCGCGAUCCUGAACGGCGCCGAUACCGGUACCGCCGGCUUCGAUCGCGCCUCCGACCCAGUCCUCCAUCCCGUCCAAUACCUUCCGAACGAGAAGCGCGGGAGCAGAUUCCGGGUUUGGAACCCGAGUGUCAUUGCGAGGAUGUAUCAUUCCGUAGCCUUCAUGCUCCCGGACGCAUCGCUUCUCGUCGCCGGCUCGAAUCCGAACGGGAAGCCGGUCAAGUACGGUGAGGGUCCCUUCCCGACUGAAUAUCGUGUCGAACGGUUCAGUCCACCAUACUUGUUCCCACAUAGCACGAUCGCCCAGGGCGAGAUCGUCGCCUGGCCCACAAAGAUCCACUAUGGCGAGACCUUUGAGAUCUCCUUGGAGUGGUAUAACACUUAUCCUGAGAACAUCCGCGUGGCUCUGCUUCAGCCUGGGUUUAUUACACAUUCCACUCAUAUGAGUCAACGGUAUGUCGGCCUAGAGAUCGUGCAGCGUGGGACAAAGAUCGAGUCUGCAGAUGCGAAUGAGGAUGGGAAUGCGGAUGCGGAUCCGUUGGAGAGAAAUAAGGGUGGUCUUGCAGAAGCAGGGUUGGUUCGUGUCAAGGCUCCGGCGACGAGUGGACUGGCCUCUCCUAGUCAUUAUAUGAUUGUCGUCGUCUUGGACGGUGUUCCUGUCGUCGAGGCCAAGUGGAUUCAGCUCGCAGCGUAG